CGCACAAUGGAUGGUACAAUGUUUUUAUUCAAUGGAUUUCGUUUCUUGGGGAUUUAUAUGCCGGAGAAAAACCGUCUCGUCUACUUGCUAUGGUCAUUUUUAAUUAAUUCUACUGUUACUAUUUAUUUACCGGUUGCUUUCAUAUUAAGUUUUGUAAAAAUUUCGGGGGAAGAUUUACAAAUUGGCAAUCUUCUCACGUCCGCCCAGGUGGCUAUUAAUGUUGUAGGCUGUUCGAUAAAAAUUAUAUUAAUGGGUUUCCUUUUACCGAAAUUGCUGAGUACUGAGAAGUUUUUGAACCGCUUAGAUGAACGUUGUAAGACAGAGGAAGAGCUGGCUUCCAUUAAUAAAUUCACAAAACAGGGUAACCGUUUCGUCGUAUUAUUCUCUGUGGCUUACUGGUCUUACUCGACAAGUACUUGCAUAAGUGCGGUUACAUUUGGACGUUUGCCAUACAAUAUUUAUAAUCCCUUUUUCGACUAUCAUCAAUCGAUCGGACAUUUCAUUUUAUCAAUACUGAUGGAAAUGACGCUACUUAAUGUUGCCUGUUUUCAACAAGUCGUAGAUGAUUCUUACGCGGUUAUCUAUGUCAACAUAUUGAGAACUCAUGUCGAUUUAUUAUUGAAAAGAAUCAAACGAUUGGGCUUAACCGUGUCUAAGUCGCAUGAGGAAACCUAUGAAGAACUAAAAUUAUGCAUAAUUGAUCAUAAAAAUAUAAUUGAAAUUUACAAUAUCGUCUCGUCUAUAAUUUCUAUAACCAUAUUUGUGCAAUUUACAAUAACUGCUACCAUAUUGGGUAUAACUCUUAUUAAUAUCCUACUAUUUGCGACCAAUUUCGCUUCUAUAGUUGCAUCUUGCUUUUAUGUAUUGGCCGUCGUCGUCGAAAUCUUUCCGCUCUGCUAUUAUACGCAAUAUUUAAUGGACGAAAGUAAUCUUUUAGCUGAAGUGGUAUUUCAUUCCAACUGGGCGGAACAACAUUUGCCUUAUCAGAAAAUGUUGAUUUUCUUUAUGCAACGCUCGCAACGUGUCAUGGAAUUCACCGCCGGCAAAUUAUUUCCCAUAACAUUAAAUAGCUUCUUGAGUAUCGCGAAAUUUUCCUUCUCAUUGUAUACAUUUAUCAAGGAAAUGGACAUUAAAGAGAGAUUCGGUUUAAAUUAGUGGCAAUAUCUG